UAAAUAGCUGGAGAGCUGCGCAAGAAGUUUUUUUCCCAGCUCUUGUAAAGUUUUAGCUGUGGGGGGAUAGAGUGCCUCCGUCCAUUUUCCAUCACGGGUCCAGGUGAUGUCACAGAGUGCUGAGAAGGGAAGUCGGUGCUUUUCUCUUUUUUAACGCAAGACUGCGGAGUAAAGAGGUGCUGAAACGGGGAUCCCGAGAGACUCCUGGCCGCGGUCUAGCUUUAACACUGUUUGGACACUAAUGACAUCAUGUGGGUUGCCGGUAUUUUUAUAGUCUGGAUAUUUAACAUAUUUGAAGCAUGUCAAGCAGAUCUGCUUUCAUCUACAAAAGACAUCUUGUGUCCCACUCUACAAAUAGAAGAAUGGAAAUUUCCAAAUGUAGGCAUUGAUCAUCAAAAUAUUAGCGGCUUUAAUCUGGUCCGAAAGUUUUCUCUGCUGAAGAUCCCGGAGAUAAAGAAGAUCCGAAAUCCCAGGGGCCCAGUGAUCUUGCGACUUGGCAACUUAUCACUUAUUAGAUCUACAGACCAGAUUUUUCCUCUCGGCUUGCCUGAUGAGUUCACUUUGGUCACCACUUUGCUUUUAAAAAAAAAAACAGUGAAGGAGAAUGUGAACAUCUUCCAGAUCUCUGACCCCCAAGGCUACUCCCAGAUCUCUGUUUCACUUAAUGGCCCAGAGAAGAGCCUGGAGUUACAGGCUCUUGGAGUUAAUGAAGAAUUUGUGAACAGCGUCUUCAGUGGCGAAGGGGUAGCUUCUGUCUUUGAUUUCAAGUGGCAUAAGAUUGCAAUAAGUGUCCAAGCUGGAGUUGCAUCUGUGCAUGUGGAUUGCAACUCAAUUGAGACUAAGCCAUUUCGUGCACACCAGAGAGUAGAGCCAAAGGGUCACACCCUGAUUGGUAUGCGCACUGCAGAUGGCACUCCAGCUGAGUUUGAUAUUCAGCAGAUAACCAUCUAUUGUGAUCCUACCUUGGCGAUACAGGAGGCUUGUUGUGAAAUUGCUGGCGGCAGGUGUCCUUCUGAAGUCUCCAAGAUUCGUCGAGAUACCGAGAGAUCCCCUAUGGCAGACGAGUCACUGAGUGCCAAGUGUGCCUAUUGUAUUCAACAAAUUAGAGCGCAAAAUGAUGAGUUUGCCAAACCAGGUCUAAAGAUACAAGUUGCAGAGAUGGCAAUGCCAGGAACUCCAGUCUUUAAAGGCAACAUAGGAGAUCAUGGUCAUUUGGAGCAUCCUGCUGUUCACUUAAAGGGUGAAAGAGGCGAAAAAGGUGAACCAGGUGUGUCUGGAUUUCCAGGAAAAGAUGGAGCACCAGGCGAAAUCUGUGUUGUUGGUCCUAAAGGCCAGAAGGGUCAGCCAGGCAUUGUUGGGCCUGAAGGGAUGGCAGGAGAACCAGGUCUCCCUGGCCCACCUGGGCCUCCUGGCCAAGGAGAACCUGGACCACCGGGAAGCCCAGGAGGUCCACCUGGUAUGAAGGGAGACCAGGGUAAUCCUGGAAUUCCAGGAGAGGAUGGAAUACCUGGUGAUCCUGGACCUCGUGGAUCUGUGGGCCCCAAAGGAGAGAAGGGGGAUCCAUGUGAAGUGUGCCCAGUUGUUUCAGAUGGAGCCAAAGAUAUAGUCACUGUACAGGGAAAACCAGGACCAAAAGGAGAACCAGGGGACCCAGGUUUAGGCCAGCCUGGUUUAACGGGUGCAUCCGGGCUUCCAGGAAGCAAGGGUGAGAAGGGUGACCAUGGAGUUGAUGGUGUUAAAGGAGAAAAGGGUGAAUCUUGUUUGGGAUGCCCUGACUUCACCUCUGUUCCUGCUUCACUCCAGUCUUCUAUUACAAAGCAAGGGCCUAAAGGAGAGAAAGGGGAAACUGGCAUCGGAGAACAUGGAAGUCCUGGUGAACCAGGUGCUACUGGACUGUCUGGGCAGAAAGGAGAAAAGGGUGACAGUGGUGACAAAGGAAAAGAUGGGAGGACGGGGAAACCAGGAAUGCCAGGUUUUCCUGGUUUGGAAGGAAUGAAAGGCGAGAAGGGUAACAUUGGUGAACAAGGAUCUGUAGGCAUCAAAGGUGAAAAGGGAGAAUCCUGUGAGAUAUGUCCAACACCUUCUCCUGAAGAAGGACGUGCACAGACCCUUAUCCAGCUGCCUGAUCAAAUGGGAGAGAAAGGUGAGCCAGGAAAACCAGGCAUUGGACAGCCUGGUAAACAGGGAAUACAUGGAGCUCCUGGUGUAAAGGGAGAUAAGGGAGAACAGGGAUUCCAGGGUGAUUCAGGAACUCCAGGAAUGAUUGGGGCACCCGGACUUCCUGGAGAGCCAGGAACACAAGGCUUCCCUGGGCUGAAGGGAGAAAAGGGGGAUUCAUGUGAAGUAUGCACACCUCUUCCAGAAGAAUUAAAGAGUACCAUUCCAGUCUCAGGAAAGAAAGGAGAAAGAGGGGAACCAGGACACCCUGGAAUGGGUAUUGCUGGAAAGCAUGGAAAACCAGGACUUCCAGGAAUUCAAGGACCAGCUGGACCAAAAGGCAGUCAGGGCAAACCAGGAGCUCCAGGGGUUGGUCAGAUCGGACCAAAGGGAGACGUUGGAGAAAAGGGAUCUCCUGGAGAACCGGGCAUUAAAGGUUCACCCGGAGUCCCAGGACAAGAUAGUCUAAAAGGAGAAAAGGGAUCUUUGGGACCGUCUGGAGUACCAGGUCCCCAGGGACCUCCUGGAGUUGCAGUAACUGGUCCCCCUGGCAAGAAUGGAUUACCAGGAAGACAUGGAUCAACUGGGAGUGAAGGCGCACCUGGAGAUAAAGGAGCCAAAGGUGACAAGGGAGAACCAGGAAACUGUGGCUGCCAACAGUCUCCACCUUGGGUUGACUCAAAGCACACAGGAAAUCCAGGAGCUCCUGGGACCCUGACCACUGGAUUGUUAUGGCCAGGACCACAGGGACCCCCUGGUCCUCCUGGCCCGCCUGGACCCCCAGGUCCUACAGGAUCGACAGGUUUUCCAGGAAGGCAGGGUUUUCCUGGAAGUGAUGGCUUACCCGGGCUGCCAGGCCCACCAGGAGAUUUAGGACCGUUAUCAAUGGUAGCAGAGAGACAGCUGGCAGCACUGAGGCAGGAUAUCUGUGGAAGCUGCUCCGAGGGUCUGCCUGGUGUUCCAGGCGUGGUUGGAAUCAAGGGAGACAAAGGAGAAGAAGGAGAACAAGGCCAGCCUGGUACCUCAGAAAGUGUGAACUGUGAAAUGUGUUUCAAACAACUGCAGCAAGAAGAGCCCAGGGGAGAUGCAAACAGUGGAGGUCCAGGUUGUGCAGGAGCAUCUGGGACACCAGGAAUUCCUGGACUGUCUGGUGAGAAAGGAGAGCAGGGUCCAGCAGGGUCUAGGGGUUUUCCUGGUCCCCCUGGUUCAAUUGGUCCACCCGGUUUCCCCGGUUCACCUGGGCCAGCUGGAUUGCCUGGGAUUCAAGGAGAGAGGGGUCCUUCUGGUCAGAAGGGAGAGCAGGGUCCACCUGGUUCAUCUGGUUACCCAGGACAGAUGGGAACACCUGGUCUCCCAGGACUCAAAGGUGAACGGGGGUACUCUGGCUCUCCAGGAGAGAAAGGUGAAUCGGGUCCUCCUGGAGCUCCUGGCUACCCAGGACCUGCAGGAUCAGUGGGUCUCAAAGGAGAAAGAGGACCAUCUGGGUCUCCUGGAUUAAAAGGAGAUCAGGGUUUCCAAGGGCAACCUGGGUUUCCAGGACAACCAGGACCCCCUGGCUUUCCUGGAAAACCUGGUCCUCAAGGUCCUUCGGGUCCUGCAGCAGAGAAAGGUGCCGAAGGAACACGUGGCCCACCAGGACCCAGUGGACCUCCUGGAUCGUCAGGGCCCCCAGGGAUACAAGGAGCCCCUGGUAUCGAAGGUUUGGAUGGCAAAGAUGGAAAACCAGGACCUAGGGGAGAGAUAGGCCCAGUUGGUCCAAUUGGUCCUCGAGGAAUGCCUGGUUUCAAAGGAAAAACUGGACACCCUGGUCUACCAGGACCAAAGGGUGAUUGUGGUCCUCAAGGUCCCACCGGUGCUACGGGCAGACCCGGGGUUGAGGGAGAUCCUGGCCAGCCAGGACAACAAGGCCCAGUUGGACCACCCGGACAUAUCGGUUUGCCUGGACCAGUUGGUCCACCAGGGCCUGUAGGACCCCCAGGAGUGGGCCUGAAGGGUGAUCGUGGGCCAUCAGGAGAAAGAGGACCUUUGGGCAUGGCAGGACCACCAGGAUCCCCAGGACAUCCAGGCCCUCCAGGAGAGAUGGGCAGUGAUGGUUCACCUGGAAAAGAUGGAACUUCAGGAGUGCCUGGAGAACCAGGUCCCCAAGGCCAAAAAGGUGAACCUGGUGCCACUGGUGAAAAAGGAUCCCCAGGAGAGCGGGGCAGACCUGGGCUGCCAGGUGACUCAUCUAAAAGCAGUUCAAUGGGACUUAUUGGGCCAGCAGGUCCACGUGGAGAAAGAGGCUUGCCAGGGUCGCAGGGAUCUCCAGGCCCUCCAGGUUCACCUGGAGUUCCAGGAACACAGGCAGAUGCAGUGAAUUAUGAUGACAUCAAGAGGUUCAUCCGUCAAGAAGUCAUAAGGAUAUUUGAUGAACGUAUUGCAUACUACAUGUCGAGAGUACAGUUCCCAGUAGAAACAGUUUCUGCUCCCGGUCGUCCAGGACCUCCAGGAAAGGACGGAAUACCUGGAAGAUCAGGUCCCCCAGGUAUGCCAGGAAUUCCUGGGCAGGUUGGAAGAGAAGGUAGACAGGGCCCUCAAGGACCUCCAGGAGAGCCAGGUAAAAAGGGUGAAAAAGGUGACAAAGGAGUGGGCAUCAUGGGCGAUUCUGGACCUCCAGGACCUCCAGGUGUUCCUGGACCCCCUGGCUAUGGAAAAAUAGGCACACCUGGACCAGUGGGUCAGCAAGGUAUUCCUGGUGUGCCAGGGCCACCAGGGCAAACAGGUCAGCCAGGAAAACAAGGCCACUGCAAUCCAUCAGACUGCUUCGGCAUGGCUCCCAUGGAGCAAUAUGACCCCAAAAAGGGGCCAAUGCAUUAGAAGCAGUGGGACACACCUUAAGGAAAACCAAAGCCAUGGACCAUCCACAUUCACACACAGAUCAAAUGAAAAGCUGGAUUGGAGUCAGACCAACAAAAGCUUACAUAAAAAAAACUAUUCCUUUUAGCUUUUUGUUAUAUUUUGGAGACUCCUGAUUUUUUUUCCGUCUUUACAGUGGUCAGUUUCAUUUCAUUUAGUUGGUGGAGGUGGUCGUGUAUAUUUGGGUUGAUGCCAAUACAUUUCUACAAAAGAAAAUGAACCAUUUAAAAGAAAUAAAGUGCUUUAGGAAGAGUACUCACAAAAUUCAUUGAAGAAAUGUAUGCUUUUUCAUGUUUGUUUUUGUUUGACUUGUUUCUCAUAUCCAUUCCACUCUCGUCUGCCCGUCUGAUUUUAUAUUUAUCAUUCCAUAAAUAAUCAGCCUGUUUGGCUGACCGGGGGUGUUGUCAUCUAUUGAGUCAAUGGCACCUGCCUUUUUGUGACCACUGGACACAACGUCUAAAAUUAGGCAGUUCUCUUGUAACUUUGAAUGUAGAGUAUCGUGAAUCGAGUUCACCCGUCACUCCCUAUUCCAUGUACUGCUAGUAGCAGCAAUCCAGUCAAUGCGAGGCAAAGUUGCACAUUUACUUUGUCUUUGAUCAACUAGGUGAUCUUCUUUUUUUAAUUGCAUUGGACUGGCAGUGAUUUUAGAAAUCAGUGCUUAUCAACAUUUAGAAAAUAAAGGCCCUUUCCCUGGAAAAUGAUGGCUGUGUUAAAUGAUUUUGUUGAGUGAAUAGACAGCAGUGCCUUUCACUUGGAAAUCAUAAAGUUUUGUUUGCGUUGAAUGCCCAAGCUGAGUAGUGGGGGAUCAUUAACAACAUUUUGGUUAUUUUAUAAAAUCUAUGUGUGCUCUUGGUGAUGAAGAUUACAGCUUCGGCAACUUAUUACAAUGCUGUAUGUCUUCUGGAAAAAUAAAGUUGAUUUUGUACAUUUGUUUGAUUUUUUAAUAUACCACUAGCCACAGUACAUGUCAAAGACUGAUAAUUGAAUAAGUAAAAAAUAUCUGCUAUCUUUUGCCCUACAUGUACGUUCAGCGCCUCUCUGGAUUCGUGUGUGUCUGACCCUCCCACUUGAGCACAGUCCCAUAAAUCCUGCUUCUCAGGCACAGUCAUUACUUUCGAGGCUCCUUUCUUGCCUCCUGUCCACUUUUAUGCUUCCCAUCCUUGAAGGCGACUCUCUUAGCGUAUGUGCUGUGCCAUUUCUCCUCCUCUUGUCUAACACUUGCACUUCCUCUUUUGAUUGCAUCAUCAAAAGCCAAACUGACCAAUCAUAUUGCUCUAAGGGACAGGACACAUGCACAGCCCUUAGUGUUUUUUUUUAUUACAGAGUAAAUGUAUCAAGUGAGAACUUUUGCAUAAAAUGUCAGUGUGCGUAUAUGCAAAUCUUGUAAAGAAAUGUAUUUGGGUCCAACAUGUAAGUACGCCUUUCCCUGUGCUGUGCACAUGUGACAGUAGCACUCCUUCUGCUAGUUAGGAUUUUGUUGAACACUCAUAACUGUUAUGAGAAGCCAGGAAGCUUCACACCAGCAUCUGCCUUCCAUUACAGCGUGGCAGUGAGCAGACCCUCUUUUGGCAGUAUGGGGCUGGAGGCAGACAUCCGUACCCCAUUGGUCACACUUCACAGCACUAGCAAUCAACCUAACUUGCAUGUCUGUGAGAUGUGGGAGAAAAAUUGAGUGCUUAGCAAACAUCUGCAGAAACAUUGGGAGAAUGUUUAAACCUCUCAGAGGCAGUGUCCUGGUGUGGAGUUCAUCACAAGUCCUAGAACUGUGAAGAAGGAGCUCUGAACAAUUCUGUUUGUCUGUUCUGUUAAUUGUAGCCAUUUAAGCUCAGGGAACUCUACACAUUGACAGCUGUUGCUAAAAGACAACGUAUUACUUGGAGUAUUAUGAAGAGAUGAGGAGAAAUGACACAUUUCAUGAAAGUGGAGAGCGGGCUGUAAUUUGAGCUUAGCUACCUGUAACAGUGCAGCACCACCCCAGUACAACCCCAUGUGUGUCACGUUUGAAUUAAAAAAGCAGAAUCAGUUGUCAGCUACAAGCAUUGUGCACUUCCUCGGAGAGUUAUAAUGAAGUGUGGCUGCUAGAUAACAUACAAAUACCUUGUUCAUUAUUUUCCAAAGCUGUUCAAUGUGACCAUUCUGACCAUGUUUGUUGCAUUCCGUAUAAAUCAGCACCUUUAGUAGCUUUAAAAAUUGUGUUACAAAAAAAAGGCAUCCUAAAUGUUAGAUUCAUUAAGAAUAAAGACACCCCUUGGCAGAGCAAAGUGAAAACACGACUUUCUUUAAAAUAAACUUUAAAGACCAUACCCCCUGGUAUUGCUGCACCGUGUCACUGGAAAUGUGGCCAUUCAUCUUGAAGCCCACAGUAACAGUCGAUCAAAGGAAAGAACGCAACAUGACACAUGAGAGCCACCAUCUGGCCCAUCGAGGGGAGUAUUAGGUAACACCUCCAUUACUUCAAAGCUGCCGUAUUCGAUCUGUCCAUGUUGUUGUAUACGUCAAGUGGAUUCCAGAGGCUUCCUGCUUGUUCCUGUCCCCCUCUUCCUGUGUGCCUUCCUUCUUCAGGUUUCCAUCACUCAUCGUCCUCCGUUUGGCUCAGCCUUGAUGUACUCCAUGCAGUUCUCUUUGUUACAUUUCUGUUGAUGUGAAUCUGGAAUUCAUUAUGUGGAUUUUUGUUUGUAUAAUGUUUCAAAUUAUUAAGAAAUUUUUAAUAAAUCCUCAAUUUGUA